GGGAGAGCACGGAGAGCACGGAGCGCGCGGGCACGGGGCGAGAGCCCGGACCGGGCGACUCGUUUUAGGGGGCGGGCUCGGGGAGGGGGAGGGGGGGUCGGCACGCCUAAGAUGGCUUCGGAUAUGAGUUAUAGGGUUCGCCAGAGGAUCAGCCGGCUCGGCCAGAGGAUGUCGGGCCUCCAGAUUAACUUCAGCCCGCUUAAGGAGCCACUCGGCUUCAUCAAGAUUCUGCAGUGGGUAGCUUCCAUUUUUUCUUUUGCCACCUGUGGAGGUUUUAAGGGCAAAACGGUGCUCACGGUUAACUGCCUUAAUCAGAAUCACACAAUUGAAGCUGCCUUUGCCUAUCCAUUCAGGUUGAAUCGGGUUCCAUUUAAUGCAGGAGUGGAUCCUAUAUGUAAUGUAACUUGGAAGAAUUAUUUUCUUGUAGGGGAUUUCUCCUCCUCUGCCCAAUUCUAUGUUACAUUUGCUGUCUUUGUCUUCCUGUACUGCAUUGCUGCACUUCUACUUUACAUUGGUUACAUGAACCUGUAUCGGGACAGUCGAAAAAUUCCCUUUAUCGACUUCCUUAUUACUCUUAUUGCUACUUUCUUAUGGUUGGUGAGCACCUCAGCUUGGGCUAAAGCUCUAACAGACAUUAAGGUGACCACAGGUGAAAAUCUUAUUAGUCAGCUUGACCCUUGCAAGACUUUGGCAAAGUGCUUCUUUGGUUCUGUGACCAGUAUGGGAUCUCUGAAUGUAUCUGUGAUCUUUGGUUUUCUGAACAUGAUACUUUGGGGAGGAAAUGCUUGGUUUGUAUAUAAGGAGACCAGCUUGCACGGGCAGUCAAAUGUUUCUACCCAUGGCGCAGGAACAGUUGCAUCUCCUACAGGAAUGUAAUUAAAGGAGAGAACUACACUGUGUGAAAUAUAAAUCUAUUCUACAACAUAUUGCCAGCAUCUUGAGAGGCAAUACAAUUUGUUUCUAAUAAAAGUAAUGGUGUUUGCAAUAAAUUGGUGGAUUAAAAAUUCUGCUAGUUUUUACAUGAAAUAUGUGCCUUAGAUACAAAUUCUGGAUGUAAAUGUUUCCAUUUGUAGACUCAAGAGAUAUGGGGAUUUAUUAUGAGAAUUGUAUACAUAAAAAUAAAUGCAGUUUCUUCACCAAAUUUUUUGCAUAGCCCUUUAGGCCUUAACACAUACAUCGUUAUUCAGGAAGGGAAUGUAUUAUCUAUUUUAAAAAGGAAGAAACUGCAUUUGAAUUACACACUACUGUAAGUUUGUACAGUUCAUAUGCCUUGAGACCUGUCUUUGUUUAAGAAAGGCUUAUUGCAGUAUAAAUAUAGCAUAGCAAAAAAAAGUGUUUAGCUUCAGAACUUAAAUCUAAAUACUAUUCAUGUUAAACAAAAAUUCCUGAAAUGCAAAGAUGGGUUUUUAAAUAACCUACAAUACUUAAUAGUUGUACAAAAAUUGUUUUGAGCAUGGGGGUUAGAAAUUUCAAGUGUGUAUAAAUGUUCUUUGAUAUACAGUUCAAGAAUUUUGCAAUUUAUGGUGUUUACAUUAUGCUUGUUGGUUUCAUAGACUUUAAUAUACUCUAAAUUUGGUUCAACUAGAUACUUUGAAAACUGCAGCCAUAUUCUUAUUAUUUGUCCUGUUACUCAUGCUACUUUGUUGCAGGAUGAGGUAAUCCUGCAAGUAUAGAAGAAAUGUAAGUUUUCCUUUUUUUUAAACCCAUUCAGAAGAAAGAAAAGAAAUUAAGUUUGUUUUUUUUUUUACUUUUGAAAUGCAUUUAGAUGCUUAGUCAAUGAAGUUACUAUUAUAAGCUCAGCACUGAUAUUAUGAAAAUAAGAAAUGAGAUCCAAAUUUCAUGUUUCUUAAUGUUAUCAUUCUUACUACAUAAAUGGAUGAUUUAAAAAUUAUGUAUGUGUAGUAAACAAAGGAACACAAGUGAGCUGGUGACAUAAUGAAUGCAUGUUUCUUUGUACACAUAUUUAGUUGUAUUUUGAGUAUGCACAGGUCAUUCACAUUUGUUUGCUAAUCUUCAUAGUUGCAUUGUACAGAAAUUCCGGCUAUUUUUUCUUCCAAAAUAAUUGUUACUUUGUGAAGCACAACUCACUGGUGCCACAUUUUUGUUGCCUUUAUUCUUGACAAGAAUUGUCCAUGUGAGAAAUGUCUUUUAUGCAACCUACUUAAUAAAAAAAAGUUGAAAGAUGA